UGGUAAUCUGUGUUUCCCCCUCUAAGUGAAUGCAGAGGGGGAAUCAGGCCAUCUGCAGGAGCUCUAUUACAAAUAUCUCUGUCACUGGGUCUGUCUAAGAAUAGGUCUAAUGGCCUCAUUCUCACUUUGACAAAAUGCCUGAGAACUAAGCAAACCUCAAGUGGAUAAAGAAUUGUGUAUUCAUGCAUUUUGCACCAUCACUAGUGACUAUCAAAAGUUUAAGUUUGAAGAAAUUAAUCUAUCUCAAUGAAACUCACUAUUUAUAUUUUUAUCUAUACUACUGGACAAAAGCAGGAUUAACCUCAUACUGAUAGUUCAGACAUGAAACCAGGACCUUUUUACCCUAUGAGGCAUCAGUGUUAAGUGCUGAGCUAUCAAGCUGCCUGAAGAUCACCACGGUUGUGAAAGUUUAACAAAUAUGUCAGAGUUGCAUCGAUGUAAACCCUCCCAAAUUCAUUAAAAUGCCACCCACCACCUUUCGACCAAUCAGCUAUUUGUUUGGCCACUCCUCUUUUGUGAUUGCUCACCUGUGACUUCUUGCCAUUACCCCCAAACUAACAUAUGCUUCUGUGGAGAGAUGUGAUAGACCUCUUUUAGAUGAACCCUUCUUAAAAACUGAUAACUGAGUGUUGUGAUAGACAGAACUGUGUUUUAUUGUUGUCUUGCAGGGCUUCAGUUACUUGAUAUUCUGCCAAAGUUGAGGGAGCAGGAGGAUGAAGACUUGAUUAUUCAAUGUGAAGCUUUUGAAGAGGCAAUGGCUGAAGAUGAGGAGGAGCUGCUGCGGGUCUAUGGGGGCAUUGACAUGAGUAAUCACCUGGAGGUUUUCACUACACUCUUUAACAAGGUGAGUAGCUCUCCAGCCUCUCUCCAGCUGCUGUCCAUCCUGCAGACUUUGUUGGUGCUGGGGCCGGGCCGCUCUGAUAUCUGGCUGGCUCUGGAGGCCAUCACUAAUAGAGCCAUACUGCUGGCCCAGGACUCUCAGAUAGAGUCCUGUGAUAAGAUCAUGCAGCGGCUGAUGUUCUCCAAAGGCAAGAGCUGUGAGGGUCAUCAUGAAGUGGACGGGCAGCUCAUGAAAAUGCAUAAAGCCGUGCAGACUGAUCUGGAUCAUCAGGGCAAAGAAAUGUCAGACAAAAGCAUAAAGUCCUCUCAGAAGCCGCUGUGUGUCGCUCCUCCCCCUCCACCCCCACCUCCUCCUCUACCACCUAGUAUGACUGGGCCCCUGGGCCAGCCUUCUAACCAGUGUCCCCCACCACCUCCUCCUCCACCGCUACCUGGAGGGUUUGGUGGGCCCCCACCACCUCCUCCCUUGCCUGGAAUGCAGCCACCACCACCACCACCACCACUGCCCUGUGGCCCAGGCAUGUCUGCCCCACCACCUCCUCCACCACUACCUGGAGGGUUUGGUGGACCCCCACCACCACCUCCUUUACCUGGCAUGGUGCCUGCUCCUCCUCCUCCCCCAGGCAUGGUAGUGGCUCAGAGUAGCCAGGCCCUAGGGUUUGCUGCACCCACAAAGGCAAACAGAUGCCCGACCCUGAGGAUGAAAAAGCUCAACUGGCAGAAACUCCGCACUGUUACUGAUGGUCACUCCAUGUGGGCCUUGGUUCAGAGAGAGCCUCCUCCUCGGGAGCCGGACUACAGCAGUAUUGAGCAGCUGUUCUGUCUCCCAGUGACCGAGCACAAAGACAAGGGGGCAGCUGCUCCUGUCAAGAAGGAGCCUAAAGAGAUUACAUUCAUUGAUCCAAAGAAAAACCUAAAUUUGAACAUCUUCCUAAAGCAGUUCAAAUGCACGAAUGAGGACUUUGUAGCCAUGAUUCAGAAUGGGGAUCGUGCUAGGUUUGAUGUUGAAGUGCUAAAACAGCUUCUAAAGCUCCUACCAGAGAAGCAUGAGAUUGAAAAUUUGAAGUCCUUCCAAGGAGAUAAAGACAAGUUGGCAAAUGUUGACCGCUUCUACACCUCCCUCCUCACUGUGCCAUGUUAUCAGUUGAGGAUUGAGUGCAUGUUGUUGUGUGAGGAAACUUCAUCAGUGUUGGACAUGCUGAAACCUAAAGUUAAGCUGGUGGAGGAGGCCUGCCAGUCUCUGAAAACGAGCACACUCAUGCCCAGUUUCUGCAAGCUCAUCCUUGACGUUGGAAAUUUUCUCAACUAUGGAAGUCACACAGGGAAUGCCGAGGGGUUCAAGAUCAGCUCUCUGCUCAAGCUUACAGAGACCAAGGCCAACAAGAGCCGCAUUACGCUGCUUCAUCACAUCCUGGAGGAGGCAGAAGCGAACCACCCGGAGCUCUUGGCGCUGCCAGAUGAUAUAGAGAUCUGUGAAAAAGCAGCAGGAGUUAAUCUGGACUCUGUUCAGUCAGAAGCCAAUGGGCUACUAAAACGACUCAAUGACACGGCCAAGAAGGUCUCCAACUCUGUCGAAGAGAUGAAGGCGCAAUAUGCAAAAGUUCUUGAGGACAGUCUGGAGGCGUGUCAAGCUUUAACAGAGAGGUUUGCUGCCAUUGAGAAGCAGAGGAGCGAGCUGGCCGUCUACUUAUGUGAAGAUGCCAAUCAGCUGUCGCUUGAGGAACUCUUUGGAACCAUUAGGACUUUCCGAGGACUUUUCAUCAGGGCACUCAAGGUCAGGAAGGAUACUUU